AUGACCGACAAUCCUGGGCCCAAGGGCAAAGGAAUCAGCUCGCGUUUUUCAGGCAUUCUGCGUCGUUCUACUCGCUCUACUUCUGACCUUACCAGCAUUCACGCACACGAUAUUAGUUCUGUAUACCCGUCUGAGAGAAAAGCUAUCAAAAAAUCCAAAAACAACGGCUCCAAUGACUCCAUCUCUAUGUAUGGUUCUGAUGAUUCCGACCAAAAACCUAGAAAAAUUAGCAACGUCCAGUCCGCCAUCCCUGCUGGGUCUACCCAGGAAGCAGUUGCAGACGCAACACUAAACAUUGAGUCCAUCUCCGAAUUUUCUCAUACCCCUAGCCCCACCCGAGCAUCACGCGUCGCGAGCCCAAAAGUCCCCCUCAUCCCGCCCAACACAGGCAAUCCUCCCGUCACAAUGAUCGUCAGCUCCUCCCAAGAGUCUGAACAGAUUAGAGACGCCGGGGAAGGGUUUGAGCGACUAAUGGAACAUACGUCGGACUACGAUGAUAGCCAAGUUGGCACACCCAAAAGCAUAGCCAUGGAUCUGGCAGAGGACACACGUCCGAUGUCGGCCACCCCUAAAUCUAACCGCAUUAGCAAUGUCCGCAGAGAAACACCAAUGCACGACCUUACAUGGAACCCGGAAGAUCAACACUGGCUCGACCGACUAGAAGACGGAGCAUACCCUUGCGAUGACGCGCUCGAGUGCGCCCUCAAGUACUCCCAAAUCACCGCAAAAGUCAUCCGAUCCAUCAUCAACAACAGAGUAACCCAAGACAGGACCACCAACGAGCAAAACACCACGAUCAAGUUCUUGAAGGACAUCGCAAAAAUUAGCGAAAGUACCCACGACCAUGCAGACCGCACAAGUCACAUCUACCCGCAAUGCAUACGGGAGGGAAGACCCAUGAAACCCGAACCAGUCACAUCACUAGUCGACAACGAAGAAAUGGAGACGGACCACGAAACAGACUGGGGCAACUCCAAACCCGGAAAAGGAUGGGGUCAAGCGGCACACCACCCACAACCUACCAACCCGUUCAUCGACUUCGACCCAACCUCCGGACUAAUCAACCCCAACCCAAACACACCCUCAACCCUUAGCACAGACAACCCAAUCCUCAACCAAAUCCUCAAAAAACUUGAACAACUCGACAAUAUCAACACCAGGCUGAGCAGGCUCGAAGGUUCGAAACCGCAGGCUAAGCCUGCACAUACGACCCAGCCAGCCUCCGCCCCCAAACCUAACCAAAAUACAAGCAACUCAGCAAGCGUCAGCUGGGCCGAUGUCGCGGCCAAGGGUAACUCCAAAGCCCCGGAAGUCAAAGCUUCCAACAUCGCGUCCGCCCUCAAAAGGGACAUUGCGAAACCAUCACCCGCACAGAGCGACGACAGGAACUUUGUCGUUCGCUUCAAAACCCUACCCGUCACCCAACCCAACCCGGAGAGCAUCUUUGUGUCCAUGCGCGAAUGCCUGGAUGCCGCGAACAGAACGCUCGGCAAAGGCAGACUCACCAGAGUCCGCUGGACACUCAAGGCGAGUCUACACCUGUCUUUCUCAAACUCUGCAUCCAUCACGGCGAUCGAAAACGCCAUACCCCUACUCAUGGACAAGCUGAAAAUGCCCGAGUACGAUUUCGGCCCCGAAGUUCCGUGGAGUCGUCUGGUAGUCACCAACGUCCCCACUGGGAUGGGAGGGCCCGCGCAGCGCAUGCGCAACCGAGACGAACUUACACAGCUGCUACGGGACUCGUUCCCUGAGGAAGCCAAAUUUGGCGACCUCAAAAUAACCCUUUCACCAGAUUGGCUCGCAGACCCCGCGCGCCUCCAAGCGGAAGGCCGGCAGGCCUCCACAGUGUCGUUCGCAUUCGAGGACGCCGGGGGCAUCACCUCGAGCCGCCUACUCGCUAAUCCACAAUUAUUCAUAUACGGCCGAAAGUGUGAAAUCAAGAAAUUCAACCCCAAACCCCUCCUACAAACAUGCUCGAAAUGUGUGAGGUACGGACACACCGAACGACAGUGCCGCACCAAGAAGCCCCGCUGCCACAAAUGCGGCCGCAACACCCACACCACCGAAGACCACAACGCCGACAACUGCCCCCGAUGCAUUCGGGAUGGCAAGGGAAACCCAUGCGAAUGCGUGUAUUGCACGUCUUGCAGUCUACACGGACACCGAUUCAACACCCCCGAAUGCCCGAAGAUGUCUGAGUUCCGCCGCCCCAUCACGCAGAUCAUUGCAAGCCGGUCGACAGGCGUUAAUGCCUGA